ACGUAUGAAAAUGCGGAUAUCAAUCGCAGCCAUCUUCAAGCAAGUACAAAGUGACUUGUGAAAAUUGUUUGUCAGUUUGGGGUUCCGUCUGCAAUUUGCAAUUAUUUGAUUUGUAGUGAUAAUUGUGUUAAUAAAAAAUGGGACAAAACCAAUCAGCCUCAGGCGGCUCCGGCGAUAAAAAAGAUGACAAAGACAAGAAAAAGAAGUAUGAACCUCCAAUUCCUACCCGUGUGGGCAAAAAGAAGCGUCGAGCAAAGGGUCCCGAUGCAGCCAUGAAGCUACCACUAGUAACUCCGCACACACGAUGCCGUCUGAAGCUCUUGAAGUUGGAGCGCAUUAAAGAUUACCUUAUGAUGGAAGAUGAGUUCAUACGUAACCAAGAACGACUAAAGCCACAAGAUGAAAAAAACGAAGAAGAACGUUCGAAGGUUGAUGACCUGCGUGGAACGCCUAUGUCGGUAGGCAAUCUUGAAGAGAUUAUCGAUGAUAAUCACGCCAUUGUCUCCACUUCUGUGGGUUCAGAGCAUUAUGUUAGCAUAUUGUCCUUUGUUGACAAAGAUCAAUUGGAACCUGGUUGUUCUGUGCUUUUGAACCAUAAAGUUCAUGCAGUUGUCGGUGUUCUCAGUGAUGAUACAGAUCCUAUGGUUACAGUAAUGAAACUUGAAAAGGCGCCCCAAGAGACGUAUGCCGACAUAGGUGGCUUGGACACCCAAAUUCAGGAAAUCAAGGAAUCUGUGGAAUUGCCGUUGACGCAUCCAGAAUAUUAUGAAGAAAUGGGUAUUAAACCACCAAAAGGUGUAAUUCUGUACGGGCCGCCAGGUACUGGGAAAACAUUGCUGGCCAAAGCAGUAGCAAAUCAAACGUCUGCCACAUUCUUGCGUGUUGUUGGAUCAGAACUGAUUCAAAAAUACCUUGGUGAUGGUCCAAAAUUGGUGCGUGAGCUUUUCCGUGUAGCUGAAGAGCAUGCACCUUCAAUUGUUUUCAUAGACGAAAUUGAUGCGGUGGGAACAAAACGUUACGACUCCAACUCCGGUGGAGAAAGAGAAAUUCAGCGUACUAUGUUAGAAUUGCUGAAUCAGCUUGAUGGUUUCGACUCCCGAGGAGACGUAAAAGUAAUCAUGGCAACAAAUCGAAUUGAAACAUUGGAUCCUGCUCUUAUUCGUCCCGGCCGUAUUGACCGUAAAAUUGAAUUUCCACUUCCUGAUGAGAAAACUAAGCGCCGGAUUUUUACGAUUCAUACUUCCCGCAUGACUUUAGCUGAAGACGUGAACCUCCACGAACUGAUAAUGGCCAAGGAUGACCUCUCCGGUGCGGAUAUCAAGGCUAUUUGUACAGAGGCCGGUUUGAUGGCCCUACGUGAACGACGCAUGAAAGUCACCAACGAAGACUUCAAAAAAUCUAAGGAGAGUGUUUUGUAUCGCAAAAAGGAAGGCACAGUCGAGGGAUUAUACUUAUAAUUUUUAGGCUGGAUUUAUUUUAAAAUAUCGUAAAAUUAAUUUCUACUCUACUUUUGCGACGCUAAUAAAUUAGUUGUUAGUGGCAGUGUUUGUUGACACUGUCUCAAAAAUGUA